AUGGCUAUACAAUGGUCGGGGAAGCGGGUGGAGAUCAGCAGCGAAGUUGGGUAUGGUAACAUUAAUGAAGAGUACAUGGAGAAGGUAAAGAAGAAGGUGUCCAAAGCUGAGAAGAAGAUGAUGGUUGAAAAGGCUAACAUAGAGAAAGAAGAGGUUAUUGGAUGCGUUGGGUGCCAUUCCUUGAUAGACUAUAUAUGGCCAUGUGAAAAACCAAAGGCAAAAAAAUUUGAUACCAAAUUUUGA